AAUCAUAACACUAAUAAUAAUACAAUAAUUUGUUGUGAUUUUUGUUCCACAUGUCUACGUAUACACACAUUACUUACCUUAUUACAGAUUCGGAAUUGAAAUGAAUUGUUUAUUUUGUUUACAACCAGUAGUUCACUAAUUUAGUCCCCCCCCAACAAAGUUUUCAUUUUAUCUAAUACUUCAAUAUAAACAUAUGCAUGUUAUCAAAAUACACAGUUAUAUAUAUUAUACACAUACACACAGGUCAGUCAAACAGGAACAACUCCAUGGGAUACAGGAUCUAUUUUAAAUAAUGAUGAAAUAACAAUGAAAAGAAAUGAUUUAGAAUUAAUCACGUCACAUCAAAUUGAUUCUACUAAUCUGCCACCAGUUAGUAAUUCUACUAAUAAUAACAAUAAUAAUAAUAGUAAUAACAUUUCAAAUACUACUUGCAAAAUGAAUACAUUAUCUUAUAUACCACCAGGAUUAAUAUCUGUUAUGAAUGAAUCUAAGUGUUUGACAGUAUGUGCUAUUGGACAUUUUUCAGUCGGUCAUACAUGGGGACCUUAUCUUAUUCACAUUGGUUCAGAACUUCGACAAAAGCUUAUAGCUUUCUCAACAGAAGUUGAUCCUGAUUUUUUAGUUACAUUAACUGUAAAGAGCAAAGAUUCUAGUCAUGAAAAUGCGAAUAGUUUAAUUGUUGGAGAAGAGCAUACAUGGAUAAGAGUUAUACACGAGACCGGUCUUCAUUCUGAUAAGAAUGAACAUAAUUUGGAUAUUUUAGUUGAUCCUAUUUUGAAAACAAUCACAUUACAAACUAGAUCAGAUAUUAAUCCACAAGACUUCCUGAUAGGUGUGGUACGUAUUGUAUCAGAUAGUCAGAAAGCAGAACAAAUAACAAUGUCAAGUGGUCAUAAUUCAACGUUAUAUAACAACACAAAGUCAUCAACAUCAACUUCUGUCUUAACGUCGUCUUCAAACAAUUUACCUUCUACUGGACCUAGGCGCGAUAAGAAGUGUACACACUGUGGAAUAUCAUUUUCCAAUCUGGAUACUUUGAACGCACAUAUGGCACAUUACUGCUCUCGAAGACCAGGAUUAGUUUCAUCGACUUCAGCUGGUGUUCAGCCAUCAGUUUCUGUAUCUGUCACACACUCUGACACUUCGACAAAUAAAAGCACAAAUAAUAAAUUCAACAAUCAACGACAAAAUUCAUCUCAAUCUUUUGGAACUAAUGCACUAGGUUCCAGUUUCUCUGUUAACUCAAGUACCUCAGUGUCUGCUGCCAAAUAUAGCACGACGGCAGAAAAUAACUCCGAAUCGAAUCCAGUAAAUAUGCGUGAUGAAAAUUUACUUGAUCCAAUUCAAAUGGGUAAUUUAAUUAAUCCUACAUUUUUAAAUUUAUUUGGAGUCGGUGAUACUACAUAUCUUUCUCAAAUGCUUCAAAACCCAUUGGCUUACUUUAUGCUUCCGAUGAUAUCACGUCUUAUUCCACCAAAAAGUCUCGAUACUCAAAGAAAUGAAUCGAAUUUGAAUAUUCCCUUAUGCAAUCAAUCUGUUAACCAUAUCUUAUCUCCGACAGCUAUGAAACAACCGCCAUCAACGUCCGACAAAAUGAAAAGCAAUCACUCAUCUGAGUUUACAACAAAAAUUGAUUCAUCUGACACUCACAUAAGCCCUACUCAACUUAAUACUUCAAGCAUUCAACAUAAUAAUGCUCAUAAUUUAGAGCACCAGGCACCAAGAGUUCUUUUUUGUCCAAACUGUCAACAGUUAUAUGCAUCCCAGUAUCUUUCUACAUUUCCUCCUAAUUCAAACAAAUUAGAACAUUUUAUGAUAAAUCCCAGUGAAACGUCUUUGAUGAAUCAAAAUAUUGAAAGCGUAGGCAAUAUGUUAAGUAGCAACGAUAUGGUGUGGACUUUAUCACAACUUUCGACUGUGGCUCAUCGAUUUGGACUAAUACUUGCUGCACCGUUAGUAACGGCAAAUGGUUUGCAGUACAUUCCUGUUAAUUUAAACUCUAAACUUUCAGAAAGACAUAAUUCAGAAAAAUAUCAAAACAAUGAGAGCGUUAAUGGUUUUAAAAAUACUAAUAAUACUACUACUAAUAAUAGCAAUUUCCAAACACUGAAUAAUAAAAGACAGUGCACUACACCAAUUUCAUCAUGUGAAUUUAUUAAUGAUUCAUUGAAUUCUUCAAAUAAUAGUAACAAUUCCUCAGUGACAUUAUCACCUUCAAGUUAUUUAACUAAUUCUACAAAUUUCUUUGGUAAUAAACAACCUGAAGCAUCAUUACCUCGAUUAAAUACUUCAAAUGUAUUGGAUUUAUCAGCGAAUCCAUCUAAUCCUCAACUACUAAAUUCCUUUAAAUUGUACAAUACAAUAAAUGAAUUCAGAGAUAGCCAGCAACAACAAAAUUACUGUCAAUCGCAAUUAUUUUCACAGAAGAAAAAAGAACAUUUUGAUAUUAUGAAAGAUUCUAGCUCUUGUUCUAAUGGAACUCUUAAUCAGCCUAAUAAUUCAUUACUAAAAGUCCCAUGUCAUACAGAAGACACUCGUAAUGAUUUUGGAUCUUUAUUAGAUAAUCAAACACCCAUUGAGAAUAAUAAUAAUAUGGACAAAAAUUUACUUCACACAUUUUCUCAAAUGUUAUCACAAGCAAAUGGAUUAUCAACUAAUUCACAAACAAUACCAUUUCCAUUUAACGUCAACCAACUUUUAUUUAUGCUGUAUGCUUCGUUAGCAACUAAUUCAAUGAAUAUUCAGUCAUCGUUUAAUCUAAAUGCAUUGAUGACCGAACCCGUGUCAAGUAAUGUCACUAAUGUUAUUCCACCUGACACAAUAUCACAUUCAGUUAAUCCACCGACUUCAAAUAAUGCCCCGAAUUCUGUUGUUAAAACGAUUACAGAUAACUGCGAUAACGGUACUAACAAUCCUACUUUUACUAAUAGUAAUCAUAGUAACAUGUAUAAAAAAUUUUCUUCUUUACCGUCUAUACCAUUUUCCCCAAUGUGUAUCCAUCCUUUAAUUUCUUCAUCAUCUGACCAAUUAAUAAAUACAUCAAGUAACAAUACAUUACAAAACACAUUCCCCAUCCCGACAACAUCGAUCACCACUGUUUCUACCGGUGUAAUCAACAACAUACCAAUAAAUUCGAGUCAAAAUUUCACUUGCACGUCUUCAUCUGUGAGUAAAUUAGAACCAAAUUCAACUGGUGUUAACAAUACCAGUGUUAAUGAUAGUAGUAAUAAUAGCAAUUCAUCAGUUUUAAAUUUACUUCCAGCUCUUAAAUUGUUAGGAUCAAUAUUUCCUCAAUUUUCAACGAUAGAACAGAACCAUCAACAACAACGUCAACAACACGAACCUCAAAUACAACAGAUAAAUCUUGAUUCAUGCUCUAGUUCAAAACAGAGUAAGUUAUCAACACGAGGAAUAAAUGCAGAACAACUUAUUAGUCCAGCUACAUCACCACAACCAACGGUUUUAAGACCUUAUUUGUGCAAAUUUUGCCGAACUCGUUUUCAGGCAUUUAGUACUUUCCAGGCCCAUCAACAAUUCUAUUGUCAAGGUCGAAAAGAAGUUAUGAAACAGUUACACACAUCCACUACAAAUUCAGUUACACCACAUAUACCUACCUCCUCUGGUAAUCAUACUGUUUUAAACUGCACUACAACUACCGGUUCACCAGCUAGUAAACGUCGCUGUACUACAACUGACAGUCUUUCAUCUACUGGUCACAGCCUAAAUCAUACUGGAAAUUCUUCAACCAAUCAGACAAAUUCGUCUACAUCUAGUAGUGGUGAUGAAGCCGAAAGCGUUAAAAGUAAUAGGUUAUCACCAUCAGGUUCGAAAUUGUCACCAAAUCGUAAUUUACAAAACAGUCAAGAAGUUAAUACAGAUUGUGAAACAGAUCAAUCAAAUUCAACUCAUUGGGAACCUUGUGGAGCAUCUGAACUACGUUGUUCUGCAUGUGGUUACGUUGGUCAAACCCCACGUGGCAUGAAAAUGCACAGAAAACUUCAUGAAUGCAACGGUACCACCUCAAAGAAUCCUAAAUCUACUUGUGAAAUAAAGAUCAAUGAAAUAAAGACAGAAAAUGAUAUUCUCACUAAAAAUUUCGAUAUAAAUCUACAUGUUACUAAUGAUCAUAAUUCACCUAUGAUAAAUAAUAUAAAAAAAUUACACAAAGCAACUAAUGACAAUAAUCAUAAUAGUAAUGCAUUUUUGGAUGAUUUUGUUAAAAAAGAACAAUUAUGAUUAAAAUCACCAUGAUAUGAAUAGUAGUUGUAUUCUCAUCAUUAGAAUAUUAUAAUAUGAUAAUGAGAAAGAACAAAUACAAUGUAUUACAUUCUGAUGACAAAUUACACUGUAUUUGUUACUGUUCCAAUGGAAUGGUAUAUAAUAAACAAUAAUUCAUUCAUGUAUUAUUGAUUUUACUUUAUUACUUAUCUUUUGUUUUCCUUUUUUUUGAAAUUUUUUUACUUGUUGACUUUCUAUCUUCCUGAUGAGCAUAAUUCAUCACCACUACUAGUAUUUCAACUGUAUUUUAUUCUUUCGAUUGUAUAUGACGAAUGUUGGAAGUGAUUUCAACUUCCUUUAGAAUAUAACAAUUUUUUUAAAUUAGAAAAAUGAUAUAUUUACUAUUAAAAUUAAAUUUGUCUACUUUUAAGUUAACUACUUGCAAGUAGACUCAUUUUUAUUUCAGAUAUUUUAUUUGAACUUGAAAUUGAUGUCAACAUGGUUCAAAGAGCUGUUCACUCAUUAAUAUGAGAUUUUAAUAGAAAACCUAGUUACUUUGAUGAAGCGAAGGGUUUAUUACCUCUAUGAGUCAGUUAUUAAGAUCUAUUCUAUUGAUCCGUACCAACAAACAGUUAAUCUUAGAAUUAUAUGAGAAAAUAUUGAAACAUUAUCUCUAUACGAAAUAAUGUGAUUGUCUGAUUCUAUUUUUUGCAUGAUAUAUGCAGAAAAUGAAGUUAGAACAAAUACAAAUCAAUAGAAGAUGGAAUGGUAACCACCAAAUAAAUUGGACUUAGUGGUGUAAAGUGACAGCCAUGAUAUAUGAAGGUUUUUAAUUUCGAUACAUGGCUUGGUCAUAGGUCUUUAGUAUCGAGACUCCAUACUGAUGAAGUAAAAGCUACUCAGUACUUGUUGGUGAUCAAACGUUGUGUAGCUAAAUGUCUGUUAUAUAACUACAGAUAUUCUCAUGUUUAAUGAAGUAAAUUUAUGUAAACGAGGUUUAAGACUAAAAUUUAAGAUUAUAUUUAAGCUCAGGUUAAGUGUUAAUCGACAAGUACCUAAAGGUUCAUAAAUACGAGUAGCAAAGACGGUCAACACCAGUUCAACGAGACAUAUAUUUUCGUCUGAUAGAUAUAAGUACUAGUGGAUAAUGCAUUAAAUUGUAAAUUUUGGUAGAGUAUUGGAGUGGACAGAACCCAAAACUUCAAAUAAUCCUGGUUAGUGUCUUGAUUGAUGAGGUAAAUAUGAGAUGAAAUAUUUUCACGUUUCCGAAGUGUACCAUAACUGGGUUUACUACAAACUCUUCAAUAUGAUUAUAAAAAGCUAUGAUCUUAAUAACAAUUGGAUCUUCAAGUUAUGUUUGAGACGAUGAUAAAGCAAUA